AUGCCUUUUACCGCUUCCGACAUCUGCAAGAUCCUUAUUGCCAUAUUCAUCCCGCCCCUGGGCGUCUUUCUCGAACGGGGCUGCGGUGCCGAUCUCCUAAUCAACAUUCUGUUGACGAUUUUGGGUUAUAUCCCAGGAAUCAUUCAUGCUCUAUACAUCAUUCUGAAAUAUUAG